CGAUUGCUAGGAUCAUCUUUCGUUCGCUGAGCUUGUGCAUCAUGAACUCGUAGCAUUGUCCUGCUGGCGAUGAUUCUUCUGUAUGUUGGUACCACAGCACAUUAGGAUUGGCCAAGGGGCACAAUGCGCUUUGAAGCGCCAUCAUCUCAACUGGGUCACGCAAGGCUGUGUCGCGCCCGGUAGCAAGCUGUGGAAUAACGCCCUGUUAGGCAUUGCUAAUAGGCUAUAUCGGAACCGCCCUGUUGACGUCGACAAGGUGGGGGGGAGUGUAUAAAGGAACACCAGUUUCUCAACGAACGGAUUCACAAUGCCCCACCACAUCUCAUCCAAGAUGCCCACCACGAAGACGGUCCGUUUCGCGGAUUCGCCCAAUGAGAUGUACUCGUACGAUUCGGACCAGGCGCCUUCACCGAUUGCGACUCGGUCGUCUCAGAGGCUGUUCGGAAGCCUGUCGACGAGUCCGGAGCUGCCCAACAUGUAUUAUCAUUCUCGGUCGCUGAGUGAGACUCCAUCUCCCGAGUCUCACCAGUCUCCGUUGCCAUCUUCGCCGGCCUUCGCUUCAUUCGCAAGUUCCAUAUCUUCUCCUUCCACCGCCCUCCCUUCCUCGGCUUCGUUCCAUCCACCGCCGACGCCCAAUGGACUCCAGAACCCCAUCAGCCUCCCGUCAGUCCAGGAAGACGUUGCGCCAAGCACGGUUGAACUACAUGAAUACCUCUGCCCACCGCACCUCAGCAUCGAUUUGUCCAAGGACAUCUCGCCGUACAUCCCUGAGCUCCCUGACGAACCUGUUACCUCUCCCUCCAUCCCCGGAGGCAUAAUCCUCGUUUCCAAGUACCUUCCAUGGCGGGUCCAUGUAUUCCCCAGUUCGGUCAGGGACGUGGUCGUGGCGCUGUAUAUUGCGCUGCGCACGAGGGUUACUGAGGAGGAACUGAGGACUGUGGGAGGGACCGGUGUUAUGAGGGCGUUUGCGAACCGGGUGGAGGGGAUGGGAGAGGAAGAGAGAAGGAAGGGUGUUAGGAGAGUUGACUUUUUGUUAGGGUAUACCAGAUUCAUUGGGGUCGAAGCCACAGAUGAGCCGACGGUGUGGAAGGUUUGCUUGGCGUCAUUCUCGUAGCGCUGUUUUCUUGCUUUCUCUCGGUCCAUCGGGCUUUUCCUUUUAGUCAUUUUAGAAGCGUUUUAAUGAAGGGAUUAUUUAUUGUUGUUGUAUUUCUCUCUUUGUAUUGUUGUACAUUAUGAUCGUGCCAUGUAAUACUACUCACUUAUAUCCUGGGAUUCAUGGAUUUCGUAUGGUUCCCAAAAUGUGGA